AUGUUGUCGACUCUGGUCCUCGCCUUCGUCGGCCUCCUGCCCUGGGUUCGCGCAUUCUCGCUGUAUCCUGACACCGGAGUAGUCAUCGUUUCAAAUAAUGACUUGAACCCGUCAAAUCCCAACCGUGCGAGCGCACUGUAUCUGAAGAGUGCCUAUACCUGUAUGGGAGCAUACCAAGCUUGUGCACAGUUGCAGGAAACCUUGCUGCCUCCUCCAAACGGGACUGGUCUUACGGCUGCUAACUUGUCUACGGCGCUGACCUCCGGGACGCAUGGGCUUGCGAUUGAUUCUAGUCAGAGAAUAUGGAUAGCCGGAGCAGCGCCCUACGAGUGCGCGGUGUUCUCCCCUGGCGGGUCUACCGAGUCUAGUUCAGGCUCUGGAUCCGGAUCUGGAGUUACCGCAGAUGUGAAUGAGGAACUCCCCGUAUUGUGCUCAAACACAGCGCCUCCGAUGGCGGUCAACUCUACGCUGCAAGAUAGCUCGCAUCAGAUCCAGCUGUCCACCAACACGGCCGGUACUCUGAUUGGCUUCCGAGACAAGUUCUCGUUCAAGUUCUUGGGAGUCAAGUACGCAGAAUCUACAGCGGGAUUGUCAAGGUUCCAACCGCCCACCUCAUUGCGUUUAUCCAACAACGUUGUGAGGACUGCUUUCGAAUAUGGUCCCAUCUGUGCGCAGCCCCCAGAUGCCGACAAUGGUCAUUUGCUCUACUCUGGGGAAGACUGUCUGCAGUUGAACAUUUUCACGCCAGUAGUUAAUACAGGGUCGAACGCCGGUGCCGGUUCUUCGAAACUGCCUGUAAUGUUCUACAUCCAUGGUGGUGGCCUUAACACAGGAGACAGUGGCCCCUUCCCGUUCAAUAUGACAACGGAAGGAUACGUGGGUCCAACCAUAUCUAACAUGCUGGACGGUACGAAUGUGGCUUCGUAUGGGGGUGCCGUCGUUGUGACGAUCAACUACCGUCUUAAUGCGCUGGGUUGGUUCAACGCUUCAAAUGCUGCCCUGAAGGAUGCGCUUCUGGCGUUACACUGGGUGCAAGAUAAUAUCGAAGCCUUCGGCGGGGAUCCCACUAGGGUCCUUAUAUACGGAGAAUCAGCGGGAGGUACGAUGGUGAGAUAUCUCCUGGGGACCAACCCCAAGUAUACGGAGGGUUUGUUCAGUGCUGCCAUUCUGGAAUCAGACUUUGGCCAGAGUACACCCUUCACCUCACCAUCAUACGUUGUCAACACCUCCCUGACACUGGCGGAGAACCUCGGAUGCGCGGCAAACGGCACUACCACUCUCACCUCAUCUGUCAUCAGCUGUAUGCAAUCCCUACCGGCCGAGUCGCUUUCGCUUGCAUCUUACAACCUCGGCCUUACCUGGAACAUCGUCAUUGACGGUGACUACGUUCUCACCGACAUCGCCUCGAGCAUCGAAGACGGCGUAUACGCUCGCGUGCCGACAAUCUGGUCUAGCAACCAAUGCGAAUAUUGCUACUUCUUACCGACCACUAUAGCGCCGAACUCCCCUCCACAGAUUUUCACUGACAGUCUGGGUUUGUGGUUCAACCAGACACAGGUCGCUACGCUUCUGAACACGUCUAGCCUGACCGAAAACUAUCCAUACGAAACUGCAACUGGCGAAGACGGCAUAUCGGGUGCCGUGCUGCAACUGGGACAGCUCAUGACCGACUGGGACGUCCACUGUCCAAUGGUGUACCUAUCCUCACUCGAGACCAAUACCACCAAUCGCAAUAACUCGUACAAGGUCGAGUUCGGCGUGGGCCUCGGCUCGCCGCUCACGCCCAACCCGGCUACGUGCCCCGGCCAGGGACGUCGUGAGCAGAUGGACGAGCCUUGCUAG